UCCUCUCCUCUCCGGGGCAGAGCGCACAUCUCUGCCGGCCGGAGAGCAUGAAGUCCCGGCAGGCGGCCCGAGGACGCGCCGCUGACGGACUAUGACCGGAAGGAGUCGGACUUAUUUACGGAGAAACGAGGCUUUAAGUUCGGACUUUCUAACAGCGGGAGCGGAGCGCAGUUUGUUUCUGGAUAUUUUGGAUCCGUUUCUUUCUGAUAAUGGAGUUUAAAAUCUAAAAAGAGACUUUUUCCUUCUUUAUUUUUAAAGUUUCAGCAGAAUCGAACUCGGAGGAUCCGCCGGAGCAACUUUGUGAGUCGGACAUGGAGCCGGAGGAGGGGAAGAUCUCGGUGUGGGUCUGCCGGGAGGAGAAGCUGGUCUCCGGCUUAACCAAGAGGACCACCUGCGCCGACGUGGUCCGGGUCCUGCUGGAGGACCAGAACCUGCAGCAGGGCGUCUCUGCCGCGAUGCUGUCCGGAUCCCCGCAGUCCUACUGCGUGGUGGAGAAGUGGAGAGGCUUCGAGCGGAUUCUGCCCAACAAGACCAAGAUCCUGCGGCUGUGGAGCGCCUGGGGCGACGAGCAGGAGAACGUCCGCUUCGUGCUGGUCAAGAACGAGGCGUCUCUGCCCAACAACGGGCCCCGCAGCGCCGAAGCCCGGGUGGUCCCGAGCCGGGAGAGCGGCGGACCGGGAGGGCUGCUCCGAGGAACCGCCAGGAGCUGCUGGACCGCCGCCGCCGCGGCAGCCAACUUAUCCCAGGAGAAGCAGCGGCGCAUCGUGAGGAAGGCCUUCAGGAAGCUGGACAAGAUGAACAAGAAGAAGGAGGAGGCGGUGUGUAAGGACAAGGGCUCGGUGGAGAAGAUGGAGACCCUGGUCCACCUGGUGAUCUCCCAGGACCACACGAUCCGCCAGCAGAUCCAGAGGAUCAAGGAGCUGGACCGGGACAUCGAGCGCUACGAGGCCAAAGUGCACUUCGACCGCAUCCAGAGACACGGGGUGAACUACGUGCAGGACACCUACCUGGAGGCGGAGGCGACACCUGCGGACUGGAAGCGCAAAGCGGAGCGGCAGGACGCGCGCUGCUCCGCAGAGGCGCUGGCGCAGUUCGAGGAAUACGCGCGGCGCUGCGAGGAGGUGGUCCGGCUGCAGGAGGAGCUGACGGAGCGGGAGGCGCUGAUGGAGAGCAUCACCGGGGAGAUCCAGGAGGAGCUCAACCGACGCUGGAUGAAGCGGCGGCGGGAGGAGAGGGGCGCGGAGGCGGCGCAGGACGCGGACGGCGUCGCAGAGGAGAUGUGCGUCACCGCCGCCGCUCCAGCUGCCGAGCCAGAUGUGGAGAGUCUGUCGGAGAACGAGCUGGUUCUGGAGGAGGAGCGGAUCAGAACCCAGCUGGACACCAGCCUCUACAUCGGCCUGAGGCUGAAGACCGACCUGGACGCCAUCAGGGGCGACCUGGACCUGAGUCUGGCGCUCUGGGAGACCAAGGAGAGCGAACUGCUGGAGCUGCUGGCCCGGGUGGAGACCAUGGAGAUAGAGCAGGAGAAGCUGGAGGACGGCGGGCAGGGGGAGCUGGAGGCGGGGGGAGCCGAGGCCGAGCCGGCCUCAGAGAGGAGCGGCUGGGUGGAGCAGGCCAGGGGGCUCUCCAAGACCUGCAGCACCAACGACGAGGACUCGGACACCGGACUGAGCUCCAUGCACAGCCAGGACUCGGACAACCCGCCGGUCUGCGAGUCUCUGGUUUAGACUGGUGGAGCUUCAAGCAGCUCCAUGAACUCAGGGCAGAGAAUCAGUGUUGGAUGAACCUUGAAUUCUACAGCAAUAACUCUGCUUCAUGUAGUCUUUGCACAAUGAUGAGCAGCAGAGAAACACUCUGAACCAGCAGGACU